ACAUUUGUAUUUCUGCUGCGCAUUUGCCUUUUUUUUGCCUUUGUUCGGAGUGUGAAUUAGAAAACGAUAAUAAACUUUAGAAAAUACGCAAAGCUGUAAAAUAAAUAGCAAAACGCCCUUAACUUAAACGUUUACGCAAUCAAACAGUUGGACGUGCAAAAUAAAAAGCAAGAAUAAUAGCACAGACACCAAAAACAACACGAAACACGGGGCAGAGGAUAAGAAGAAACAACGGACUUGAACAAAUAACAGACAAAAACAAUAACAAAAAACAAAACGAAAUUGCGCAUAUUUUCGUGGGUCGCAGCUGAUUUCACAUAUCAAGAAUAUGCUCGACCUGGAAAUUGUGCCUGAGAUCUCGCUUGGCUGCGAUGCGUGGGAGUUUGUGCUGGGAAUGCACUUCUCCCAAGCGAUUGCCAUCAUACAGUCGCAGGUGGGCAUCAUAAGAGGUGUACAAGUGCUGUACUCGGAUACGAAUCCGUUGGGCGUGGACAUCAUCAUAAAUCUGCCGCAGGAUGGAUUACGUUUGAUCUUUGAUCCAGUUGUUCAGCGUCUGAAAACCAUUGAAGUGUUCAACAUGAAAUUGGUGAAGCUGAAAUAUUGCGGCGUCUAUUUCAAUUCACCCGAAGUGUUGCCCAGCAUCGAACAGAUCGAGCAUUCGUUCGGAGCCACCCAUCCAGGUGUUUAUGAUGCGGCCAAACAGCUCUUUGCAUUGCAUUUUCGCGGACUUAGCUUCUAUUUCCCCGUGGACAGCAAACUGCACUCUGGCUAUGGCCAUGGAUUAGGCUCCCUGGUCUUUCUGAAUGGCGCCUCGCCUGUGGUCUCCAAAAUGGCACUGUAUGCGGGCAGCAAUGUGGCCGAGAAUCGGGCUCCUUCACUGCCAUUGUCCUGCUACCAUAGACAAAUGUAUCUGGAAUCGGCCACCGUGCUGCGGACCUCAUAUGGCCACACAAAGGGCUUGAAGCUGAAACUAUUUACUGAGGGUUCGGGUCGGGCACUAGAGCCACGCCGUCAGUGCUUUACGCGUGAGCUGCUUUUCGGCGAUAGCUGUGAGGAUGUCGCCACCAAUUUGGGUGCGCCCAAUCGCAUCUUCUUCAAGAGUGAGGACAAAAUGAAGAUUCACAGUUCGAGCGUCAAUCGCCAAGUGCAGAGCAAACGCAGCGAUAUAUUCUUCAAUUAUUUCACCCUGGGCAUCGAUGUGCUCUUCGAUGCUCGGACACAGACCUGCAAGAAGUUCAUACUGCACACCAAUUAUCCGGGCCACUUUAAUUUCAAUAUGUACCAUCGCUGUGAAUUCCAGUUUCAGCUGGAGACCGAUCAUCAGUCGAGCGAGAGCGACAACAAGCAUGAUCAUGUCAAUAUAACUGCCUACACCAAAUGGGAUGAGAUUAGUGGGUCGCUGGCAACGUCCGAGCGUCCGGUGGUGUUGCAUCGUGCCAGCUCCACGAAUACAGCGAAUCCCUUUGGCUCGACCUUCUGCUACGGCUAUCAGGAUCUAAUCUUUGAAGUGAUGCCGAACAAUCACAUCGCAUCGGUUACCUUGUACAACACAGCACCGCCGCGGCAGCCAGCGCAUUCCUGGCAGCAGCAUAAAAUGCAGGACAUUCGUUUGACUGUCGCCUAGAAGAUGAACAGAAUGGAUCGCUGGCUGCAUUAUCCUUGCUGUCCUGAUUCGUUUGUAAUUGUGGCUGUCUGUGUGAGCGUGCGUGCGUGCGAGCGUGUUGAUGAUGAAUUUUAACUUUAAGCAACAAAAACAA